AUGGCACAGCAAAAGAAUUAAAUUGAUUGACUUAAUUUAUACCUAAUGUUUCCUAAUCCUAAGUUCCUACGGGCAUGAUAAUUGACAAUUGGCAUUAGCUUGUACUGCUAAUUACUAAUAAAUACUUCAGUAAAUAAUGUUUACUUAAUACAUUCCUGUUUACACGAAUUAAUUUUAUAAUCGUGAUUUUACUUAUUGGUGAAUUCUAAAUAAUUUUCUUAAAUUAUGGCUACUUUAGAAGAUAAAAUUUUGGGUGAAAAAUUGCAAAACUAUUGCAGCAGCAGUGAAGAUGAGGAUUCGGGUGAUGAAGACAGUCAAAGCGGUGAUGAGGAAGGAAAUGCUUCUAAAAUGUGUUCGGGUCGCGCAGAACCUCAACCUGUUAAUAAGUGGAACGGUUCCGCAACCAACACCGGUCCAAAGGGUGUACUUGAAGAUUGGAAGAGAUUUAAACAGUUAGAAGCUGAAAACCGCAAACAGCUGGCUAAAGAGCGUAUCGCUCUUGCUAAAAAACUUACACUAACCGUGAAAACAGCCCGGGAAGAAGAAGAAGCAAAAGAAAAAGAUGACUUAGAUGAUGAAUUAAAUGAGUUAUUGGAUGAAGAUUUCUUGAUGAAAUAUCAGCAACAGAGGAUGCAAGAGCUAAUGGCUCAAUUACAAAAACCACCUAGAUUUGGGUGUGUACUCACAUUAAACAGUCAAGAUGAGUUUUUAAAUGCUAUUGAUAAGGAAGAUAGCAAAGUUACAAUUAUUGUACAUAUUUAUAAUAAUGGUGUCAGGGCAUGUGAGAGUAUGGAUGCCUGUCUAAACAUAUUAGCAGCAGAUUAUCAAGCUGUGAAGUAUUGUAGGAUAGCUGCUGAUAUAGCCGGACUGAGUCGUCACUUCCGCAUUGAUGGAGUACCAGCAUUAUUAGUGUAUAAAGGUGGACAAAUUAUUGGUAACUUUGUAAAACUUGUAAAUGAACUUGGUGAAGAUUUUUAUGCAUGUGAAGUUGAGAAAUUUUUAAUAGAGUAUGGAAUGUUACCAGAAAACUAAGUUUUUUGUAUGAUAUUGCUUAUAAAUAAAAAUGUACUUAAAUUAAAUGUAGCUUUGUUGUAUGUCUACUAAUAUUUAUAACAUUUAAGAUAUAUUUUUUUAUAUUUAAAAAAAAAUCGAAACCUAUUUCUUUAGUAGCAGAUACACAUAAAUAAACUUAAAUAAAUUCACAUCUUAAUUACAGUGUUGUAACAAAAAAAAAAUUAAAAUUAAAUAUUUUUAAUGUAAUAGCUUAUGUUUUAUUUAAGUUAGUCAUAAAAAGUUAAUUCUUCUUAUUUAGCUAUUUAAAUUAUUAAGUUACAUAAUUUCUCACUUUAAAGUUUGUAUCACUUGAGUUAUGAAAUAUUUGUUUUUCUAGGAUUCACUUUCUUAAGCAAUACUGAUUGUAAUGGAAAAGUUUUGCUUGUUGUAUGUAUGAAUUGUGUUUGUAUAUUGUCUCAAUCUUAUAUGCUUUGGUGCAGGCAAUGACUGUCGGAUUAGAUAUGUGUAUGGUUGUAACAAUUUCAAAUUGGAAAUAAUUUAUUAUUCAAUAAGGUACAUCUUAUAAUUUAUGUAUACAUUAAGUAUUAACCCACCAAUUUUUGUCAGUGAA